UAUAAUUAAUAUAGCAUUUUCUCCUAGGCUCUCUGACGACGUAGUCGCUUGUUUUUUUUAAAUGUUUGUUCAUCUGGUUGAAUUGCAAAUGAAGAAUAAAGCACUAGGAUGUGCACCACGACCAGUAGCAAUCGACGAAUAAGUCAUAUAGCAAGUGGCUGUAAAUAUAUAAUAUCCACAGCUUGCCUGGAUAUAUGAUAUCUAGACAGACAUAGCAAGUUGAACCAGAGAGAGAGAGAGAGAGAGAGAGAGAGAGAGAGAGAGAGAGAGAGAGAGAGAGAGAGAAACAGAGAUGGCUUCUGCACGCAGGAGUUUUCCGGCGAAAGAAAAACAACAGAAACGUACUCUUCAGCACUUUACCCAUCCUCAUAUCUUAACUAGGGAGACUUUCGAUCAAAAUAACGAAUUCGUAUGUAAUACCUGCAACACUCUAGGUGCUGGUGUUAGAUACCAUUGCAAGCUAUGCAGUUUCGAUAUCCAUGAGGAUUGUGCCGAUUGUCCUGAAUAUCUCAACACUUACCUUCACCGUAACCACCAACUGGAACUAAUGUGGGACGGAUCGGAGUCGAUCAAGAAAAGUUAUGGUAAUAUACGUCCUUGUGGUGUCUGCGGCGAUCAAGUCAAAGGUCUUUUCUACAUUUGUUCAUCUGGUGCAGAGAAACGCACUGAUGGUGAACAUUUCUUCUUCAUCCAUCCACUAUGCUCCAAAUUUCCAUCCCAAGUGCGUCAUCCAAUUGAUGACAAACACCCUCUAAAGUUUCAAUCGGUCCCGGCUAUUCCUAACUCCGUGUGUGCUAUAUGUAGAGGUGUUGUUUCUGUCUCUCCGUGGAGUUACAGAUGUGAUCCAUGUCGUGUCAAUAUUCAUAUUGAGUGUGUUACUCUUCCAUUUGAUGAUCAUAAGUACUCGCCCCGAUCACCAAAGAUGCUCCAGCAAAAGGGAUCACCAAGGAUGUACCAGCAACAACAGGGAUCACCAAGGAUGUACCAGCAACAACAGGGAUCACCAAAGAUAUACCAACUGAAGAGACCUGUUGAUCCUCUUCCUGCAUCUCCUACAUAUGGGGGUUACUCUGGGACGACACCAUCCACACCACAACCGCACAAUAACAACCCUCCGAAUCCACCACAUGAUUACAAUUACCAUCCUUCACAGCCAUCACAGCCCUACGUGCAAUCACCAACUUAUAACAACUACCAAUGUCAUCCACCGCCUCCUCCUCCUCCUAAUAGCGGAGCUAGUUCAACUCCCGGCGGAAAAAAGAAUAGUGUGGUUACAGGUGUAGCUGGAUUUUUCGGGAAAGUUGCAGUUAGCUUGUUGGUCAGUGCAGUUGUUGGUGAAAUUACGCAGUCGUGAUUGAUAUUUCUUUUUUCUUUUGUUUUCCGGCCACCUGGGGUGGUGCUUUAUGUUUGUGUCCCCGGCAAUCUCAGGUGUUUUCUUUGUAUUUGUGUGCAAAAAAGAAAAAGGCCAGAGCCUAAAUCUGGCGCCAUAAAUACAAUCUUUGUAAGUUGAUAUUCAUCCUUGUUAAAACUGUGGUUUGUAUGCA